AUUUUUGCAUCCUUCCGUUCAACACAGAUGUGAUAGGAAUUACAGAGCUCUCUAAAAUUCUCUGCAUCACAGGAAAUUUUACUUGCAUAGAACCGACUCCUUAUUUAUUCAAUAUAAACAGUUUAUAUGAUAUGCCAACAUUUUAAUCGUGGUAAUAUAUACUCUUGGUGUUUUUUUCAACAACUUCCAUCUUGAGUGCGAACUGCCCUGAAAUACACAGGGAGAGGGAUUGUUUUGCCUGCGUUUACAUCUGUGAUUGGUAUGUUAGUAUAUGCCUAAGGACGUCUAUUGACAAUAUUCGUGUUAAUAUACACCGGGCAUAUGCCUACAGAAGCAGUAAGCUCGGGCGUCAUUGGUAGAGCGCCAUCAAUCUAUCAGAUCGCGUAACGUCUAAUACUGGUGCCGUGUUCGCAAGCCAUGUACCAUUUUCUCGGCUCGUUAGUAUCAGAUGCUUCGUUACAUCAGAUGUAGUUUUAAUGGAAAGCUUUAGACGUUCAAUAUUUGCACCCAAGACUUCCAUAAUACCCAUUCCACAAUCCAGAAGGAAUGAAAAUAAGAUUGUGCUCAAUGUUGGGGGUGUCAAAUUUGAGACUUAUAAGACAACCUUGAAGAGCAUUCCGGAUACCCGUCUGUCAUGGCUCUCGGACUCUACCGGAAACACGCCAGAGUACGAUCCGAUUUCUGGGGAAUUCUUCUUCGACAGACACUCCGGUAUGUUUCACAUGAUCCUGAAUUAUUACAGGACGGGAAAACUUCACAUCCCUAUGGACGUGUGUGGGCCAGCAUUCGAGGAGGAACUAGCUUACUGGGGUCUGGAUGAGAACCAGAUAGAACCAUGCUGCUGGAACACAUACCGUGCCCAUAGGGACGCCCAGCAGACCCUGGCGGAGUUCGAAGGUCAUGACCCCGGAACGGAAAGUGACGAUGAGGAGGAAUCCGCGAUGAGAGAGAGAUUCGGAAUAUCCGAGGAUUUCGUGGAGGUGAAAAAAUCCAUCUGGGAAAGAUGGAAAAUUCGGAUUUGGAACAUUGUUGACGAGCCCAAGGCCAACCGAUUAUCACGUAUAUUUGCCAUCACUUCCGUCUUUUUCAUCAUUCUGUCCAUUGCCUCAUUCUGUCUGGAAACGCACUCCAAGUUUCGUUACGACAUUUCCAGUAAUAGCUCCAAUAAAUCGCAAUCCAUAGUGGAUCGGGUUCGGAACUCCCGACCCCACGUUGUAUUCCAAGUGCUGGAGUAUAUGUGUAUGAUAUUCUUUACCUUUGAAGUGAUUGUUCGAUUCAUAUCAUGUCCAAACAAAGUCAAGUUCGUUAAAGACUUCUACAACUGGAUAGAAUUGUGCUCUGUAAUUCCCUUUUACACGCUCAACAUCGCAAGUUGCCUAUCACCGGGAUUUGUGACGUCAGACACUGGGAUGUUUAUUAACGCAUUGCGUUUUAUUAGAAUUUUCCGCAUUCUUAAACUGACACGUUAUUUUAGCGGACUGAAAAUUCUGGGACACACCAUUCGAGCUAGCGCCAGAGAGCUACUCUUGUUGUUCCUGGUUCUCAUAAUAGGAGUUCUAAUUUUCGGUGUGCUAAUUUAUUUUGCUGAACAAAUUCAAGAAGAUAGUUUAAAUAACUUUUCUGACAUUCCAAUUAGUUUCUACUGGGCGGUUGAAACGAUGACUACCCUGGGUUAUGGCGAUGUUGUGCCAAAGACAAUGACAGGCUACAUAAUUGGAUGCGCAUGCGCAGUAUGUGGUCUUCUUAUGUUAUCUCUUCCGGUUCCGAUUAUUGUCAGUAAUUUCACACUAUACUACUCCCAUGCACAAGCCAAAAUGAAAUUACCUAAGAAAAAUAAGAACAUUUUAGUGGGCGCCGCUAACGUUCUAAAAGAGAGCUCGUUCGGUACGGUGACACCCGUGGAAAGUAAUGGAUCCGCCGGCGGUGAACCCAGUAAAGAUUCUCGACGAAACAGCAACGACAGUGCCCUGGGCAGCUGCAACAGUACGGAAUCCCCUCCAAGUAUAAAGGAACAAAUCGGUAUAAGUGUCAUAUUUACAAACGAAACCCCUCCCGGAAAUACGUCACCAGCCAGUUCUGGAUCGCCUGGACAAAAACGGAAGUUGUCGGACAUUAAUGAAAUCCCUGGUCGGCGAUGCAGUAGUUUGGAGGCCCCAUCUCCCAUAAUGCACAGACUGAACCGCUCUGGUUAGUGUUUUUAAGAUAUACCCCACGAUUGCCAGUGGGUAGGGGGUAUAAGGGUAGGGGUAUAGAUGACGAAAUCUAUCAUAACCUUUUAUCAUAUGAUAUACCAGAAAACUGUGCAUGCAUUGCUGUAAGUAAAUUUGGUGGAAAAUUCGUAUCCAAUUCCGUCUGAUAAAUAACGUUUACAUUGUGUUUUAAAAACAUUGAUAUGAGUGAGUAAUUCAAAGUUUACAUUUUCCACAAUCCAUAACACCCAACUCUUUCGUUUUUCAAGUGGUUUCAUCUUUCAUCUGACCCCCGCAUGCCUCUCUCGCUAAGAUCUAAAGGAGUGCGGAACACACUUCACUGUUGUCGUGGAGAGAUCCGAGGCGUAAAGUUUACAGUUCGGAGACAGUUAAAACAAACAGAUUUUUAUUUUUUAAUUGCUCCAUCUUUUCUUUUAUAAUGUCCACAGCCAAUAGAAUACACAUGUAUAUGGAAAUACCGAUCUCAAUUUUGAAUUUUCUCCAGGUUGUUCUACGUUUUUCGCAUGAAAUCUGUUUUCACCCCAUUCACGGUUUCAUUUACAUGUUAUAUGAUUAAGAAUUACAGAUAUAUUAUGAAACAUUGCAGUGUUGAUUUCACUAUUUUACCAACAUCGACAGCAGCAAUGGUUCAUAACUGUACGCAGAUAUAAAGUAACUAAUUGAAAAAAAAAAUGAUUUAUGAAAAUAAUUUUAAUUUCUAAUGAAUUGUUUGAUUGAAAGUAUAAUUGAAAAUUGUUCACAUUGCCGACACAGUCCAUAAUGUACACCACAGAUAUGAUUAUUUCCUCGAUGAAUCCUUGAAUCUUAUCAAAUCUGUGAUGUACACUCAAUAUUAUAUUGUAAACAAGGUCGUAUCAAGAAUAUAAAAUCGUUAUGAGAACGCAAGUUCAGUCAAAAUUGAAAAAUCACUUAAACUCGGAAACUUUCUCUUGCUAAUUGUAUAAAAACUAUCAAAACAAACAUUUACAUGAAUUUCGAAAGCUAACGCACGCCAUCAAAUUUGAAUUUGAGUGUACAUGAGCGGUGUUUCGCGAGAGUCUGGACCAAUUUCCUGCAAAUUAUUUCUUCCAAUUUCAAACCUCUUCGUGAGAUAAUCCGAUUACCGGAUACCAUACCAAUGGAGAUUUUCUUUUUAAAUUCAUCAAGAACAACGGCUUUGAUCAAAUUAUUUGACUUCUUUUUGGAGUUCUGACUGCCUGAUGCAUCACAAAUCAGAUGUCUUUCAAGUCCCGAGUUCUUGGUGCCUUCGCCAUCUCUCUAAAAUAGUCGCGACUACUCAAACACGCAAUGUUGGAGUGUGUGAGUGAGGAUUUUCACUAUUUAAAAGACGACGUCAAUCUGUACAAAGAGCUCAUUGCAUUAAAGGCAUCCUGUGAAUGGAUGAAACCUGUAAAUUAAUUUCAUCUCAUAAUUUCACAGAAUAAGUUUUAUAUUUAUAGCAACGUCGGUUUGUAUAAUAUUUUGCCACUCUGGGCUGCUGUGUAUAUAAAGAUAAAAACACAUGUGCAGAUAUAUAUGUGCCAAAAUUAUUUGGUUACUAUAUUUUGAACUAAUUUGAUAGCCAAUUCCCGAUUUAGGAAGCGUAAACUACCCCAAACGAUUGAUACCCCCUAUCACACGCUGUACUAACGACUUCAGGUAUUCAAUGUGUAACGGAAGGAGAUUAAACAAUUUUGAAUGAUUUUAGGUCGAGAUAAAUAUUUAUUGCUACAUGUUGAUGUGAAAUGGGCCAAAAUCACUUGACAAGUAAAUGAUUAGAAAACGGUCUUUUGCGCAUGAAACUUUUUGGAAGUUAUCCGCCCUUGAAGCUAAGAAAAAUCUAAUUUUUUUAAAAAUAUGUGAUAAAUAAUCAUAUUUCGUAUUUUCAUAAAGGAAGGUUUAUUUAAUUUUUUACCAAGAGAGUUGUAUGAAAAUACGAUUUCUUUUUAAAAUAUUUUAAUAAAACGUGUUCUUCCUACAGACUUCAAUGUAAAAUUGAAGGUGAGAUAAAUUAAGCUGCAAUUCAAAUUUUGUAAAGUUCCCAUGGUAACCCGUCCUAAUGAUACCAAAGUUACAAAAAUCACACCAUCUAUUCAUUACACAUGAAAUACCUCGUUAUACAUUGAAUACGUUCAUUUCGUACACUUCUGUGCUUUCUUCACCUGUCCAACACCAUAAAGUCUGAAUAUGUACCGUACUGCUGCCUAAUUCGGGUAAAUGUGAUUGUACUUUUGGUGUCCUCGGAAUACCAAGAUGACCACCAUGUUAUCUCAUCGACUAGUUUUUCUCGGAAUUUUGCUCAAAGCGCACGGCAAUAGUUGCGCAGAUUAGACACAUUUUGCAAUUUAGCCAACAGCAAAACCGAAAUAUGACCACUCUAACUCCCCCGAUAUACGAUUCCUUUUAAGUUCUUUAAGAAAUGAGAGAGAAACUAUCGUUAGACAAACUCGAUCUUUAUUACCAUUCUUUAAAAUGUUACCGAGGAGAGCUGUACUCUGUACAUCAAACUAUUUCCUUUAACAGAAUAGAGACCGCAGAAAUUUUAAUGAGUUUCAAUCACAAUACAAUCUUCCAAUUAAAACAAAUUAAAGUUGUCAAUGAACUAUGCCCAGUAUAUAUGCAGUCACAGCAUGUCCUAUAUUACUUUCGUCUUUAAAACGAAAUUCUUUAUUUGGGAAGAGAUUCUAAUUUUAUUGUCAUGAUCGUGCAAUAACUACAUGCUGUCAGACUUGUAAGAACUAGGAAGACGAUUGAUUGCAGAUUUGCAAUUGUUCACUUCCGGAGGUGCAGAGUUAAUUCUCAUCCCGUCUAAUUCGAACUGAAAGGAUAAUUAAUUCAAUUUUACCUCUAUUUACAGUAUCUUUUCGUCAUAUUUAAAUUAAGAACACUUUCACAUUAUGUACGGUAAAAACGGCAUAUAUCUUUUAGAUAGAUGCGAAAUAUCUUUAAAGCUAAAAAUAUUCAAAAACAGUCCAAUUUCAGAUUGAAUAUUGCCAACAUAAGCGAAUUACGCUAUAGCACUGCAGAGCUUGCUUACUGAGGAAAGACAAAUAUAGUGUAUACAUUGUGGGUUAAAUUUGUUUGUGUGUAUGUGUGUUUUAAUUACUCAUUGUUCAGUUUUAUUCAUUUCUGGGGUCAUCAAUAAACCUUUAGUGAGUACAAAUCCUUUGGACUUCGACGUGAUUCAAGGUCAUGUAAUAAAAUAGUUUGACCUACAUCAAUGCAAAUUAUGAAAGAACAAUGUCUUAUAGCAUCUACUUUAAGAAACAUUACAAAAGUCCAUACUUCUUAAAAUGAGGGAAGGCCUCUGUCUGAUGAGACAAUACUCAACCUAUAAUAGCCGAACCCAGUCGUGAUAUCGAGCCAUCUGCCCACUGUCAAUAAUGGAAGAGACAGAUUAAACUUUGCCUCGGUUAUAUUAUAGUCAUGUUUUCUUUUCUUACAUGUUUUAAGCAGAAAACAAAACCAUAAAGGACAAAAAUGUCAAUACUUACCAUACCCAGAUUGGAUUAGAUUACUAACAUAGUGUCAAUAUGACGUACAUUUAUACAUAUGUAUAUUCCUGCACGGGGUCUCACUGAGUUUAGUUAUUGUAGACGGCUUGUCAGAGCUGCAAGUACGCAACCGUCGCUUCGAGUGUCUUAAUACUUGGGGAAGGGUGUCUUUACUACAAAUAUCUGUCUCAUUGUAAUGUUUGUAUUUCCUGGGUAGACAACAAAAUGUGAAGUCUAGAUGUAAUCUUUGUACUUCCUUAAUUAGUGGAAGUCAAAACAUGAGAACUAUGAGAUUCUGAUGUUUGUACUUCCUGGCCGAAUGUCAGAACAUGACAGCUACAGUCUGCAAUGGUUAUACUUCCAUAAUGGUAGUCAAAACAUGACAAAUACAUACUGCAAUGCUUGUACUUCCUUAAUUAGCGGAAGUUAGAACAUGACAACUACCGGUACAUACUCUAAUGUUUGCACUUCCCGGAUGAAUGUCAAAACAUGACAAUUACAGACUCUAAUGUUUGUACUUCCUGGAUGGAUGUCAGUUUCCUGAAUGGACAUAUCAAUAUGACAGCUACCCAUUGUAAUGUAUCUACACUCAUACAUGUACAUGUGAUAGUCAUGCUGCAAUUAUAAUUCAUACAAUCGCCCCAGUAAAUCAAUAGAUUGCUACAUAACAUUUAUGUUUUGAAAAUAAUAUACCUAUUCCAAAUGAUAUCUAUUGAUUGUGAUGCAGUGCCAUACCGGUCACGGUAGCUCAGUGGUAGAGCGUUCGCUUCGUAUCCGGAGGGUCGUGCGAUGGCAGCGUCAAAUCUAAAACGUUAAUACGGGUAGUGAUUGCUCCUUCGUCAAACGCUCGGCAUUUAGAAGUGAGAAUCACGGGUCUUUCGGAGGUCCUGUGUCACGACAGACGUUGGUACGAUGAAGAACCCUCACUGCUACGGCUCUGAACGCUAAGCAUAGGUCAAUAAAUUUGUGAUAAUUCAUCUACAGCUGGUGACGUCUCGAUAUGAGUGAAAAAUUCUCGGCGGAACGUGAAACAAACAAACAAUCAAUCAAUCAGUGUUAUAUAAAUAGAGCAUUCAAGGGAGGACAACAUUGAAAAUUGUCAACCCAAGAAAACCAUUGUCGACCGAGGAGGAGCCAAAUUUUAAGGAGUUUAAAUAAACUAAUAUUAAUCGAAGCAUUGUAUGUUUUUGAAGGUGAACUGUAUGAGUUGUCAAGUAAUGCAUAUAUUGACCGUUGCUACGUUCUAUCACACGGGAGGGCGUGGUUUUAUCACUCAGAGGGUGACAGUAUAUUUUAUCAAGUGUUUCUCAACCAAUCAGCGUCAACUAAGUUACAUGAAAGUAUAAUAUUUAUAGAUUAUCUAAUACUUGAAGAAACAUGACAUGAAAAAGAAUUUGAGUAAGGAUUCUUAUAAACAUGUCUACACCUUUCAUUCUGAUCUCGGUUAUUCACCAUAUUUAUUACUCUAAUAAAUUGACCCUGGGUGUGACCUUCUGUAAGGAGGGAUCAACCUGCUACCUAAUACAAACAAUGCUAUCAACUUCAGAUUUAAUGUGCUAUUUCUGAAUUACAUUUCUCGUAGAGUUUCUUCUUUUUUUAGUUAAGAGUAUGAGUAAAUGAGGUGAACUUUAAAAACAUGGAUAUGUCUUUUCAUUCUUUCCCUUAUAUAAAAAUAAAGGAUGUGAGCGCUGUGGACCAAAGGCCCAUGAUUUCAUUUCUAAAUGAUUUACUGUAUGAAAUGCUGAUGGUAAAUCCAUUAAUUUUAGAACAUACCGGUAUUGAAAUAGAUUGAACGUUUUUCAAUUAAUCCUUGCAUAAAAUCCAAUGCACAAAUAGAGUUUAUGUAAGUACAAUAGUUAUUUCGAUAUUUGAAUAUGCAGAAAAUGCCAUUAAUUCAUUUCUAGGAAUUCGUUUAUAGUUUUAAUUGUAAAUAUCUUCUGGGCAAAGGGAUUUUACCUACAUCAUUCCAUUGUGUUAUUCUGUUUUAUUUAGAUGUUCCUCAGGGUGCAGGUAAUGACGUCAGGGAGCACUGCAAUAUCACUUUCAAAAAUACAAUUUCAGACUACUUUCUCAAAACUAGCAAUUAGAUGCGAUUUAAAUACAGUAUGAUCUCGGUAAACCACCAAAGAACUGAAGUUUUAGUCAUUUUGUAUUAAUUCUAAAGCUCUGUAAAAAUAGCCCCUUCUCUGGAUAGACGGAUAAGAUUUCCAAACCACAAAUUAGAUCCGUAUAACUUUCAUCGCACUCGUCUAGAGAAUUAUCUUGAAUCAAUAUGUUCUCAAGAACCAUAAACAAUAAAACGGAGUUAAUUUUGGGUGCGAUAAAGUGCAGGUAUAUGUAUAUAGAACCCCGUACGUCUGGUCUGAUGGGAUAGCAGAAUCGAUGUUCAAUUGGUAGUCAAUAUUUCCGGUGUACACAUUAUUGGACAUGAAAGCUUAGCAAGGCUCUAGCUUUCUUUACCAUUACCCUCGCCAUGUUUACAAAUAAACAGCUGCGGAGCACCGUAGACUGAUUGUUUUUCAAGGUGCUUCACACGGGCGAGGGCCAUUACCUGGUGAUUUGGAAUGCAUUAGGUGUUGUCCGACUGUUUUCAGAACUAAAUAACUACACAUUGUUAAUACAUUAUUACUAUUAUUGUUUUUCCAAUUGACCACCCUCAGUCGAGAAGGCUGCGCAGAUAUGAGCUAAAACACAUAUAUACAUUAUAUACCUCCAAGUUUUACAUGCGAUGAUCAUAGAUAACACGGCACCAUCAAAUAUUUACAAGUAUUCAUUUAAAUAGACUCUGAUUUGAAUAAUGAAAUAAGAUUAUUGCAUGAUUUAAAUCACGUGUUAUAAUCAGUUGUACAAUUAAUCAUAUGUAAGAUUUACAUAUGUAAAUGAUGUAAGAUUUAAAUCACAUGUAAUGAUCAGAUGCACUGUUUACGUCACA